CAAUGUCAGCAGCCGUCACACACAGGUAGCUCUUCUAAUUCAAGCUUAGCAGGCGACACGUAGGGUUCUCCCGACAUUCCAUGAAUCAUGUGAACUGCAUCGAAUUUCAAUCAGCAUCAAAUCCGAGCUCAUGACAACUCCUCUUUUAUUCUCUGAAUAUGACUCUUCUCACACAUCUGUCCUCGCAUUCUAUGACUAUGAUUGUGGCAGUGGAGCGGCAUCAGUACGCUCUAGUUGCGACAGGUUUGGUUCGUGCUGCCCCGCUUUAUGUAUAUUGGUAUCUUCAUUGAUUAUCGUUUCCAGCGAGUCUGUGAUGCCCACAGCAGACCUCUUGAUCGUCCUCAACCUGUUGUCCUGGUCUCUACAUCGGAUACCCGUCUCGAAUCAGAGGAGGUUCUCGAGCGUAUUCGACGAUUCAAAGAGGAAGAUGACGUUUUCAAUGACGGCUUCUUGUCCGACAUUCUUCUCAUCGCAGGGAAUCACUCAUCUAACCACACGAGAUUGCUCACAGGUCUGCUAGGCGAUGUAUUUGUGAAUGGCAAGCAAUGGCAUCUAGGUGCCGUUUAUAGUCUGGCGACUUCUGACUCGCAUACAAAUGUUCCUAGCGGCCCGUAUUUUGUCUGCGGAAAUGAGGUUUUUCAGGCUUGGAAGCUUUAUGUAGACGAGUCCUCCUGCUUUCAGACAACUGUCCUCCCAACGGGCUCGCCAUACCGAUUCAAGAAUCUGGAUUCUAUAGGCCCGAAUGGCACCGGCAUGUCUGUCGCCGUCCCAAGUCGCAUGUACGCCCGGCCAUCUGCGGCCAAGCCCCUUGCUGGUGUUCGCGUCGGCAUCAAGGACAAUUUUAAGCUUGCCGGCACUAAGAGCUCCUUGGGCAACCGGUCGUUUCUCGCGACCUAUAAUGAGGACAAUGAGACAGCCGCAUUCAUUAAGACACUCAUCAAUCUAGGUGCUGUCAUUAUCGGCAAGACUAAGAUGGCAGCAUUCGCUAGCGGGGAGAAGCCGUGCGAUUGGUUUGAUUUCCAAUGUCCUUUCAACCCUCGCGGAGAUGCACAUCUUGAACCGGGCGCAAGCUCUACUGGGUCGGCCACCGCGACGGCUGCCUACAACUGGAUGGAUAUCUGCAUUGGAACCGAUACCACUGGAAGUGUGAGGGAGCCGGCUGCAAGAUGCGGAGUCUACGGAAUCAGGUGUUCGACCGAUGCUUGGGGACCAAAAACUGGGCUAUAUCCCUGCCUUGAUACGGUAGGCUACUUCAGCAGGAGCUUGGAAGGUUUGCAAUACUUCUCCAGGCAUGCUCUUGCAUCUACCAUCAAAGAAUUCAAGACAUUUCCACGCAGCAUCCUCUACCCUACUGACUUUUUUCCGCAAAGCGAUAAAGUGCAGCAGGGGUUGAGAGACAACUUUGUUAACAUUCUAGAAGACUUCCUUGGCGUCAAGAAGACUAGUUUCAGCAUUGCGGACAGGUGGGCUGCAAACCCGCCGGAGGAAGCUGAGGGCAAGUCCCUCGCUGAAUUUGCCUCCAAGUCUGGAUACACCCCAUUCUAUUACGACAUCUAUCACGAAUAUGACGUUUUUCGAGAUGACCACUUCAAAAAGUUUGGGACUAGAGCCUAUGUCUCACCCAGCAUGCAAUGGAGAUGGGAUCGCGGCGCUGAAGUGACUACGCCUGAGGCGGAGAAAUCACAUAGGGAACUCACAGUGCUCCAGGCGUGGUUCGUGAGAGAAAUACUCCGACCGGAUGAGGCUUCUGGCUCCACUGCCAUACUCGUUCUACCAGUCGGUCCAGAAAAGCCCGACUAUCGCGACGUUUUCAUUUUGCCGGCGCCAAGGGUUGGCAUCGAUGCCCUCGGUCUCGCAGCUUUUCUCAGAUUGCCACAGCUUGUAAUACCAAUCGGCCAGGUCGAGUACGAUUCUCGUGUGUCAGGGAGGAGAGAGAGCUUUCCCUUCUCCUGCUCAGUUGCCGGCGCACACGGAAGCGAUCUCAUGCUCAUUGGCCUUGCAAUGCAAGCUCUUAGAAGUGCCAAGUUUCCGACCGACGUAGGGACAGGCCGAUAUGUCUUUGCCCACUGAUCGGAAUAUGACUGGUUCUAGAGAGCUCGUCGAAAUUUGCUUCUUCCUGAGAGCAAUUUUUUCAUAACGAUGGGUAUCAGAUAGCGUGAGUUUGAGGCCUUGAGGGCAGGAUAUGAGGUAGAUUUGGACCUACUGCGCAAAAUAUUCCGAGCAUCACAAGUUACAAACAAACAAGAUUCCGGGCUAUUUAUUUCUCGUGCAGGGUCUGAGAACAGUGCAAUUUUGAUAAAAAUUCUGCAGGCUACGAGCUACAGCAAAAGAAAGGACAUCAUCGCCCCCCC